GAGGUCACCGCGCUUCGGACCGACACCAUGUACUCCGCAUUCUGCGCGCGAACCCACUGCGGCGCUUAACAGAGGAUGGCUCGCCCGCGAGUGUGUCCAACACCCUGAAGGUCCCCAGGAAGAUCAAUGCAGCCCAAGCGUGCCAUUGCUAGAAAUCGCGAUAUAGCCCUAGAUAAGGUGUAUACGGAAUCCUCAGCCUUACAAUCGCGGAUUCUUCUGCCGUUUAUCCUCGCAUUCGCCCCGGGCCCUUUCGACCUCAGCACGCGUCUUACUCGAAGAAGCCUUAUGGGAUGUCCGGCACUAUGCUGUCAAAUCAGCUUCUGUUGCCCUUCUAAAAUUCCAGAAGAGGACGCUCACAAGGCUCCUUGUUCUCGCCUGUUUCACACCUGCGCUGGCCGUACACCUUAAUGUCGCACCCGUCGUCACGUCUUCCAGCCCGAAUCAUUCACGCCCUCGUCUACCUUCUAUGGUUGCAAGAAAGGCGCAAUAUGUCGGCAAGCUUCCGUAUCUCUUCCU